GUCAAGUUUCAUUCAAUCAAUUCGGGUUUGUUCUGCGGUGUGUUGAGAUAAUUUACGGAUUGUGUUUUUAAAUUGGUGAAUGGAUAAUUCUUAAAGAAGUUAUUUCGUAACGUUUAUUUAACUUACAAUUAUAUAUGAAUACUUCUAGAACAGUGAAACCAAAAUGUUAACACCGCGUUUCAAGUUAACUCAGGACGAUAAUCACAUCUACAUAAAUGUGCACGCGCCAUAUACAAACAUUGGCGAUACGGAAAUAGACGUCGAUGGUGAGAAUUUUCUGUUUGUAUCUAGCCCGUACUUCUUGCGACUGCGCCUGCCAGCCAGAAUAGUCGAUAAUGACAGCUCUAAGGGCUCAUACAUUUGCGAUUCCGGUGACUUCAAUUUAACCUUCGACAAAGAAGUUCCAGGCCAACAUUUUGAAAAUCUAGACAUGAUCACUAGUCUAUUAGCUCCUAGGGAUAUACCUGACAUAAACCCCAAUCUAGUGGAAAUGUUAGAAGAAGAUGGUAUCACUAUAGAGAAUGAUAGCAAAGAUGAUGAUUACAGUAACAAAUAUAGUUAUGGAUUUGCAAACAAAAUAACGACUGAAUUCAGUAACAUUGGUGUUGAGUUCCCUCAAAUUUUUGAACUGAGAGUCCCUGAAAUGGUGUCAAUUGAAGAACGACAGAGUAAGAGAAUACAAUACGAAAAUGACAAAUUUUCAUCAGAUCACUACCUGGCAGAUUUUUAUGAUGAAGAACUUCUUGAACCUUUUGUUACGGCCGUAGCUCCUUGGAGCAAUACAAAUUUACUUAAAGACCCUGAAUUCUCUGAAGAAGAAGUGGGCGUGCUCAAAGAACUACCAAAUAAGCAGUUUUUACUCAGUAAGAAUGAAUACAAGCAGGUCCUAUAUGGUCUGGUAGAUAUUCUCUAUGGAUACUGCUAUGAUAAACGAACAACAUUGAAUGAAAGCACUGUGGAAUCAGGUUGGACUAUAAAUAAACUAUCAUCAACACUAAGUUGGUUCUGCACAUUUACAGAUAUGAAACAAGUCCUCGUCGCUUGUUACAGACGAGCUUUAAUCUAUCCAAUAUUUAGAAACUUUGACUUAUGCAAUAAAGUUAAAAAUGAUCUUGUCAGUCUCUUCAGAAAGGGCAAGAAGUUUGUGGUGAAAUGUCUUAUAGAAAUACAUCAAAUGUUCAAUGCCAGUAAUGAUGCUAGAUAUAUUCUGAAUCAGUUGUACAUCAAGGAUUAUUUAGUAUUCCUACAGAAAUGUAGAAAUGAGGAGCUUGAUGAGCUCUACAAUAAUAUUGCUAAUAUUGAAAUAACCAAAAGUGAUUUAGAAUUAGACAUUGAAGAAUUAGAAGCAGCAGCGGAACUAGUCAAGCAAGAGGAAGUUGACAAUAUAAUGGAGAAUGAAGUAGCAGUUAAAAUGGCAUCCAUGUCUUUAUUAACAGGGUUACAUAGAACAAAUACGGCAUACAUUGAUGAUGAAAGUGAUGAUGAAACCGAUUCCUCGGAUAGCAGCGAUUCAUCCGAUGACUCAUCUGAUGACCUUGACUCUGAUGAUGACCCAUCCUGACAGUUGCGUGGCUCCUAGGAGUUAACCAGUAAAGGCUUGUGAAUGAUCUGACGUAAUCACUGAUAGUAUAAGACAUUCGGCUGAUUUAAAUGAUCAGGCGGUAAAUACGUUGUAGCCACUUCAUAAAAUGCUUGAUCACUUCAUGAAAUGGCUGCGUUUCAUGGCAACCUGACUGCUGUUUUUGUUUACCGUUAAUAUCAUAAUAUUUUAUGAAAUUUGAAUAAUUUUAUGAAGUGUGCUAUGAUAUGACUACUUCAAGUAGAUACAAUGUAUGAAUUGAAAUGUCUUAGAUCUGAAUCAAGCUUUUUCUCGAACAGUAAGUGUGUACAUAAGAAAAGACAAUUUAAGCAACAGUAUAUCCAACUUUCAGUAGCUUGACUAUGUGUUAAAAUUUUUAUUAUACAAAAAUAUACAUAAAAUUAUAGAACAAUGUAAUACAUAAUAAAUAGUAGAGAAUUGAUAUUUCACUAAACUAGCUGUAGUAGUAUUAUGAUAAUAAUGCCUCUAUCAUAAACAGUGUGUUACACCACUAUGUAUACAAUAGUAUGUGAUUAUAAUGAAAAAUAAAAAUAAGCAGAUUUAAUAUCAUUCCUUUAAAAUAGGCUAAUAAUCUUAAAACUUAAUAAAGAUACUCCUAGCAAAAAAAAUAAUUUGCAAUAAUUACCUACAUGCAACUGAAUUGUUUAUUUAGUGGAUGGUUUGUGUGAAGUUUGCACAAAAGCGGUAGAGCAGUUGUUCAUUUAUAGGUAGCGAAGCAUGUUCCAGACUUACAAUUUCUUUAGGUAAAUACCUGACUGGGACUAGCCUUUUCACCACUUAUACAGCUGUAUAAAGGAAAUUGUAAUAAAUAAUAAACAAUUAUGUUAGUUCAAACUUGA